GAAGAAAGAUUGAGAGUGUAUUUACGUUUUUUUUCAUACUUUUUUUCGAAAAUAUGAAUUUCAAAUCAAUUUCAUCAUUAAAUGUUUUAGUCAGCUAAAGUUAGGUUCGGUAAUAACUUCUGUGAUAGUGUUACUCUCGCUUGCAAUUGUGAAUCAUGUGUUAAACAAUAUUUGAGCAGUGAAUAAAAAUCAAUAAAAUGCAAUCAGUGCUAUUGGAAAUGUAUUUCGUUUUUCAUUUGGUGCCCAUCAAUAGAACAAUGGUUUGGGUGGCAUUAUUGUUAGCGUUUCUCAGUAAUACGGUCGUUUUUGCUGAACUGCAUGAAGGUCGAAACGAAUCGAUGGCAAAUGUGCAAAGAAGUGUGAGUGAGAGUAGCGGCGGAAAAAUGCUAUACAAUGUGUCUGCGAAUGAGGUAAUAUCGACUUUGACUUCUACAUUGUUGUCGUCGUCGUCGUCGUCAUCGUCGCCGGUCGCAGUGCACCCAAUUGAAAUGGGGAAAGAGUCAAUCAAUAAUGAUGUAAAAGAAAAAGUGACAGUUUCAUCACCAGAUAAUGAUUAUCAGUCAAUGAGGCGUGCCUUUGACACAUUCAAUGAAAAAAUGGAAAUAUACAUGAACUUUUAUGGCAACGAAAUGUCAUUUCUCACAACCAAAUUGAACACAUUGAAAGACAAACUGAAUACCCUCGAGAUUUUGCACCAUGAAAUUGAUCAAGUUUUGAAUCACCAGAAUACGGCCGAACAAAAGUUGCAAUUGAUUCAGGACGCAAUGUUUGGCAGUCAAUCGAUAAUUGGAAAACUAGACCGGUUGGAAUCCUCCAUGCAACAAUUGGAUGGUCGAAUUGAUGAACUGCAAGAGAAGCAAUCCAGAUUAAAAUUAACACCACAAACGGUACAAACAAAGCAAACGAAAGAGAGUGAUGAUCCUUUGUCGGAUAGUGAUGAACAAUUCAGAAAUGUUGAAUCGAAAAUUGAGCAAUUAGUCGCAUUUGUUCAUUCGUUUGCCGAACUAAACCGCUUGGAAAGCACAGACAUUUUGACACGUCUAGGAAAUAUGCAAUCGCAAUUAAUCCAGUUCUUUGAUGUCAAAGGAACGAUUGCAAACAAUCAAUUCAGCCAACGGAACGGAAACGGCACAACCGAACAUGGAUAUGAAAUUGUCGAAGAAACCACACAAAAUUUGAAUCAUUUGAAUGACACAAAUGCGUUAAAAGAUGCUGCUAAUGGAACCAAUGAAAUUGCGGUUAUUAUUGGAAAUGCGUCAACCGAAAUGGCAUCAACAAUAUCGAAUUCAAAUGAUGACAGAAAUUUAACCACUUCAAAUAUAAAAUCCAUUCGAAAACGCAAACGAAUGACAAACAUGCAAAAUCGUGCCAAACGAAAUCAGGGAGUGAACACAUUAGCGACAUUUCGAACAUUUCAUUCUGAAAAUUCCAAUCGAAUCGAACGUAUGAUGCAUCGUGAUGGCAACAUACAUGACGGCCGACACAUCACAAUACCGAAUUUUGAUAAUCCAAAAAUAGAGAUUGAGAUUGAUUACAGUGCAACUAAAAGUGACAAGCAAGUCAAUGCAAAAUACGGUCAACCAACUCACAUCGGAUGCCAUGAAUUUUCCAAUUUAAAUCGUGCUGACGAAAUACAUCGUUACACAACCAAAAGUGGAGCAUCAGAACGGCUUUGUUGCUUUGACAGCGGUGGGCCAGCUUGGACUGUCAUUCAAUUUCGAGGUCUGUUGAAUAAUGUGUCAACACCAGAGAAUUUUAACCGUUCAUGGCAUGAUUAUAAAAUUGGAUUCGGCAAUUUGAGUGGUGAAUUCUGGUAUGGUAACGAUUUGAUACAUAAAUUGACCUACGACGAUGACAUGGAAUUGAAAAUCAAACUGGAUACGUGGGACGGACGAUCCAUUGAAUUUGAGUAUGAAAUAUUCCGUGUUGAUUCUGAGGAAAAUCGUUAUAAUUUGUUUGUUGGUGGCUUCAAAGGACGUAAUAAGGAUUUGGAUGCGCUUGCAUACCAUCACAAUCAAGAUUUCAGCACAUUCGAUCGACAGAAUGAUAAAUCUGGUAUUGAUGACAAUAGAAAUUGUUGUUCGUGUGCAAAGUCCUACGCUAGCGGCUGGUGGUUCAAUAAUUGCAUUGAGGCCAAUUUGAAUGGUAUUUAUCAGUUCAAUCCUUUGAAUAACAACUACGUUGGCAUCAUUUGGGAGAAAUGGCUCGGAGACUACUCGUUGAAAUCCACAAAAAUGAUGAUUCGGCCGAAAAUCGAGUGGCCAAGCCGAGGUGCAGGACACGAGUUGGAUGAUGAUUCAAGUAAGAAACCACCAGAUGAUCCAUAAUUUUUCUCAAAAUUAACAACAGGAAGUCGGAGAUUUUCAAUAUGCCGAAUGAACAACAUUUAGAAAAUAUGUGAAAUUGAUACAAAAUAAAUAUGAUUGACUUAUUUUAAACGAAAA